AUGGCCAGGAAGAGAAACUUCAAGAAGGGCAACAAGAAAACGUUCGGAGCCAGAGACGACUCCAAUGCGCAGAAAAACUGGACAGAACUCCAGAAAGAGAACGAAAAAUGGGAAAAAUAUUAUAAGGAACUAGGUGUGAUUCCAGAAGAUCAAUGGGACGAAUUCAAGAAAACUUGCCAGGCCCAACUACCUUUGACUUUCCGAAUCACCGGGUCCAGAAAGCAUGCCCACGAAGUUCUUUCGCUUUUCGAGGAGCAACACCUGCCAAAUCUCACAAACUGUGAGUUCGAAGGUGAGGUCAUCAAGGCGCCCACAAGGCUGCCAUGGUACCCCGAAAACUUGGCUUGGCAAUUAGACGUUUCCAAGCAGGUAAUCCGGAAAAACGAGCAGUUUUCAAAAGUACAGAGAUUUUUGGUGGUUGAAAAUGCCGUGGGAAACAUCUCUAGACAAGAAGCUGUCUCUAUGAUCCCUCCAAUUGUCCUGGACGUUCAGCCUGAACAUGCGGUGCUCGAUAUGUGUGCCGCUCCCGGCUCCAAAACUGCUCAAUUGAUCGAAGCCCUUCAUGCCAAUGAAGACGAACCCAGUGGGUUCGUUGUCGCCAACGAUGCGGACCACAGAAGAUCCCACAUGCUUGUGCAUCAGUUGAAAAGGCUCAACAGCGCUAAUCUUGUUGUAGUCAACCACGAUGCCCAAUUUUUUCCUCGUGUCAAGACCGAUAAGGACUCUAACCAAUUUCUAAAAUUCGACAGAGUGCUGUGCGACGUUCCUUGUUCGGGUGACGGUACUAUGCGCAAAAAUGUUAACGUUUGGAGAGAUUGGUGCACGGGCUCUGGAUUGGGCUUGCACACCGUUCAGUUGAAUAUCUUGAAAAGAGGUCUAAACCUACUUAAGAAAGGCGGCAAACUUGUAUACUCGACUUGCUCCAUGAACCCUAUCGAGAAUGAGGCCGUCGUUGCCGGAGCUCUUAGACAUUUUGGUGAUAAGAUCAAGUUACUGGAUUGCCAGGACAAGCUACCAGGUCUGGUAAGAAGUCAGGGUAUUAGUAACUGGCCAGUCUUCGAUAAGAACUAUGUCAAGAAGGAGAAGGGUGACGAAGGAACUCAUGAAACGUGGUUCCCACCAACGUCAGAAGAGGCGGAAAUGUUCUCCCUCGAUCGCUGCAUAAGAGUCUACCCUCAUCAACAAAACACAGGAGGCUUUUUCAUCACAGUUUUUGAAAAAAUCGAUGGAGAUUCUGACGAAAAGCCAAAACGCGCUGGAACAGAAGAGCCCAAGGAGGGACUCGUACCCGAGAAAAAACAAAAGACUGAAACCGGGGUUGCCGCACCUGCGCCAGUUAAGAAGGAGAAACUUCCGAGAGACGCCAAUGAGGAGCCAUUUGUCUUUUUAGAUCCAAAGCACCCUGAACUGGAAAAAUGCUGGUCCUUCUAUGGGAUUGACGAUAAAUUUGACAAAUCCUCCUGUCUGGUGAGAAACGCUGCGGGAGAACCAACUCGUGUGAUAUAUUAUGCGAGUUCAUCACUUAGAAACAUCAUAGAGGCCAACGAUGAUAGAUUGAAAUUGAUUUACUCUGGUGUUAAACUUUUCGUGUCUCAAAGAUCUGACAUUGAGUGCUCAUGGAGAAUUCAAAACGAGGCCUUGCAAAUCAUGAAACAUCACAUGAACCAGACUAGAGUUGCUGACGUCAAUUUGGAGUGUUUGAAGAUGCUCCUGAUGGAAUCGUUCCCCAGAUUUGAAGAUAUGGAGAAUAGCCAUAUUGACGACAACUUUUUGAGCAAAAUGAAAUCUCUUUCUGCUGGCUGCGCUUUCGUCAACGUUAAUAGAGGAGAGGACAAGGAAAGUUUGUUCAUGCCUCUAUGGAAUGGAAGUAAAUGCGUCAACUUAAUGGUGUGCAAAGAAAACACGCAAGAACUUUUGCAUCGCCUUUUUGGCGACGAAGCAGCAUUGAAGCAGGCUGCGGCUGCAAAAGAGAGUCAAAAAGUUGCUGCUUCGAAAGUAGAGGAGACUCCAAUUCCGGCAGCUGAGGAAGCAAUCCCAACCACCGAAAAUUGA